AUGGGCCGUCUUCAUUCCAAGGGAAAGGGUAUCUCCUCCAGCGCCAUCCCCUACUCGCGCGCUCCUCCCGCAUGGCUCAAGACCACUCCCGAGCAGGUCGUUGACCAGAUCUGCAAGCUCGCCCGUAAGGGUGCCACCCCUUCGCAGAUUGGUGUCGUCCUCCGUGACUCCCACGGUGUCGCCCAGGUCAAGGUUGUCACUGGCCUUGCCCCUGAGAUCCCCGAGGACCUCUACAUGCUCAUCAAGAAGGUUUGUUUGCACUCCCGUCAAAACUUCUGCGCCCGGUUGGCUGACACAAUUCUCUCAGNNGCUGUUGCCGUCCGCAAGCACCUCGAGCGCAACCGCAAGGACAAGGACUCCAAGUUCCGCCUGAUUCUCAUCGAGUCCCGUAUUCACCGUCUGGCCCGUUACUACAAGACCGUCGGUGUCCUUCCCNCCACCUGGAAGUACGAGUCCUCGACCGCCUCCACCCUCGUCGCAUAA